CGGAGUUGGACGUCGGUCAGCACUGCCAGGUGGAGCACUGUCGGCAGCGAGGUGAUCGGGGAGUCCCCAUCCCCGGCCGCGGGAGACCUGGGCCCCGCUUUGACUCCACGGAUGGUGGCGGCGGAUUUUCUUCCAUUUAUUUGUGAUGGUUGUUCGGGAAUAUUUUGCCUUGAACACAGAAGCAAGGAGUCUCAUGGUUGUCCUGAGGUGACUAUAAUCAAUGAAAGACUGAAGACAGAUAAUCAUAAAUCUUAUCCAUGCUCAUUCAAGGAUUGUGGUGAAAGAGAACUUGUGGCAGUUCUGUGUCCUUAUUGUGAGAAAAACUUUUGCCUAAGACACCGUCAUCAGUCAGAUCAUGAGUGUGAAAAAUUGGAAAUCCCAAAGCCUCGUAUGGCCGCCACUCAGAAACUUGUUAAAGAUAUUAUUGAUUCCAAGACGGGAGAGACGACAAGUAAACGACGGAAAGGUGCCAAGAAUAGUCAAACAGCAGCAAAGGUUGCAUUGAUGAAAUUAAAGAUGCAUGCUGAUGGGGAUAAGUCAUUGCCUCAGACAGAAAGAAUUUAUUUUCAGGUUUUCUUACCUAAGGGCAGCAAAGAGAAGAGCAAAGCAAUGUUCUUUUGCCACCGAUGGAGCAUUGGGCGGGUCAUAGACUCUGCAGCCUCUCUCGCCAAUCUUAAAAAUGACAAUAACAAAUUAACAGCUAAGAAAUUGAGGUUAUGUCACAAUACUUCAGGAGAAGCCUUACCCUUGGAUCAAACUUUGGAAACCUGGAUUGCCAAAGAGGAUUGUCCUUUAUAUAAUGGUGGAACUAUUAUCUUGGAAUAUCUUAAUGAUGAAGAACAAUUUUUGAAAGAUGUCAGUUCUUACUUAGAGUAGUUGUUCAGUAAUUCAAGGCAGAAAUGAGAAGGCAACUUAUACGUACAUUUCAAGUCCACAUCUUGUUAUACAAAUACUAUUAUUUUUAAAAGUUGUGUUUUAGCUUAUUUCCCUUUUACU